AUGACCGGCACGGAAGUCGAGGCCGAGCUCCAGAGGAGGUGGAUGGUGCUGGGCGAGGAGAGGACUCCAGAAGAACAUCUGGCGAGGAACGAUUGCAGGGUCAACCCCAAGGAGAAGACUUUGGUCCUCGUUCCUGUGCUGGAGAGAAGGGAGGAGCUCCAUCAGGCAACCCAAAACGGCAACAUUGGCCGGGUGAAGCAGCUUUUACGGCAGGGAGCCGGGACUGAGUGCAGAGACGAGAACGGCUGGACUCCGUUACACAUGGCUACCUUGAACGGCUACGCCCCUUUGGUCAAAUUCCUCGUCCAGCGUGGCGCAGUGGUCCAUGCCCGGAACGGGGCUUCCUACACACCGUUGCACCAUGCGGCUUGGAGCGGCCAUACCCAAGUGGCAGAGUUCCUCCUCGCUCGGGGCACGCCGGCGACCACGGCCACCAAAGGAGGCCUGACCCCACUACACUGCGCAGCCGCCAAUGGGCACCUCCUAAUGGUCCAGCUGCUCUUGCAGCGAGGGGCGGAUCUUGCUGCCGUGGAUGCCAACCAGUGGGCACCCUUGCACUGGGCGACUGCCAACAACCAGCUGCACAUCAUGGACUUGCUGAUGUCCCAGGGGGUCGGUCCGGAUCUCGGUAGAGAGGGGGGAGUCACGCCGUUACACAUAGCAGCCGAGGCGGGACGAAUCGAAGCUCUGCGUCUCUUGCUCGAUAAGGGGGCCGACCUGGACGCUCAGGAUGGUUUGGGAAGGACUCCCCUUUCGAUCGCUUCUAACAAUGGCAACCCGGAGAUUGUGAAAUUGCUCCUCCAAGCCAAGGCAGAAGUGAACAUAACUGACCACCACGGCUGCUCCGCUCUCCACAAAGCUGCGACCGCCGGACACCUGCCUGUCAUCUGCCUCCUGGUAGGCGCCACUGCCGCUGCUGGAGUUAAUGGAAGGGACGGUCUGAAUCUGACCCCGUUGCACCGAGCAGCCGGCUGCGGCCAUGUCGGCGUCGCCAGCUGCCUCCUGGACCACGGAGCCGACGUCAACGCAGCCGGGUGGCUCGGCAAGACCCCGCUGCACCUCGCCGUGGAAAGAGGACACUACCCUGUGAUGGACCUCUUGUUAACCAAGGGAGCGGACCGUGCCCUGAGAUCGUGGUGGAAGGAAAUGGCCAAAGAGCUGGUGUCUGAGAGGCCUGAUUGUGGAUCCAUCACCAGUCAAGCCAUUGCUGGGGGCCCCUAG